GGGCAGCUGCUGGACUCAUGGCCAGGCUGCUUGCAGUUGUAGCAGAGACGCUCAGACGAAGAGCACACCUCGGCAUAGUGGCCAAUAUUGCCACACUUGUAGCACGCACGGCGAGAAAGCAACAUCUUGUCGGUAUACUAGAACUCAGCAGCUCUCCAAACGGAACCCUCACAGCACUCCAACAAUCCCUCCGAACCACAGGGAAGAACAGAAAAUAUCUUGGAAAAUUCUCGUAACCCACAGAAGAGUAAAAAUUCAGUCAAGCGAUGAAGCUGAGACAGGAAAAG